AAAAAUAGGAUUCAUGUUGGAGGGUGACGCAGAUAAAAUAACCUAAUUUUUUAAAAAAUAUACCAUGAAAUUACCAAAACAUACCUCAAUGGAACCUAAUAAUGAUUAUUAUAAUAUUUACAACCAAAUUUUUAAGUUGCAUAUUAGAAGGUUUUUUGUAGUUUUUUGAGUUAUUAAUUACUGCUAUGGGAUGUUAACAUCACUCUCCUAUUAAAUGUCUCUGAAUCAUAAAUGCAGACUGAGCAGGAGGCAGGACUCAGUGAUGAGAAACCACACAGUAAUAACUUUUAUCCUGCUGGGACUCACAGAUGAGCCACAGCUGAAGACUCUGGUUUUCAUCUUCCUGUUUCUCACCUACAUGCUGAGCAUCACUGGGAACCUGACCAUCAUCUCCCUCACCUCCACAGACUCUCACCUCAAAACUGCCAUGUACUUUUUCCUACAAAACUUCUCCUUCUUGGAAAUCGCAUUUACAUCUGCUUGUAUUCCCAAAUACUUGUACAACAUAUCAACAGGUGAUAAGACCAUCACAUACAACAGUUGCGCUACUCAACUAUUUUUUACUGAUCUCUUUGCUGUAACUGAGUUUUUCCUCCUGGCCGCCAUGUCCUAUGACCGCUACGUGGCCAUCUGCAAACCCCUGCAUUACGUGACCAUCGUGAACCACACGGUCUGCAGGAGACUCAUCAUUGGUUCCUGGCUGGCUGGCUUGUUGAUCAUCAUCCCCCCACUCAGCCUGGGCCUAAAGCUGGAAUUCUGUGACUCCAAUGUCAUUGACCAUUUUGUCUGUGAUGCAGCCCCCCUCCUAAAGAUCUCAUGCUCAGAAACGUGGCUCAUAGAGCAGAUGGUCAUAGUCUGUGCUGUGUUGACCUUUAUCAUGACACUUGUGUGUGUGGUUCUAUCCUACAUACACAUCCUCAAGACCAUUUUGCAAUUCCCUUCUGCCCAGCAAAGGAAAAAGGCAUUUUCUACAUGUUCUUCCCACAUGAUCGUGGUCUCCAUCAGCUAUGGAAGCUGUAUCUUCACCUAUGUUAAACCUUCAGCAAAGAAAUCAUUGGCUGUUAAUAAGGGUGUGACACUGCUCACUACUUCCAUUGCUCCCAUGCUGAAUCCUUUCAUUUACACCUUGAGAAACAAGCAAGUGAAACAAGCCUUUGAUGAUACAAUCAAAAGAUUUGCAUUGUUCCUAAAGAAAUAA